AUGGAAGUGACCUUUCUCCGGACGUUCUGUAUGGCGAAUCAUUUAAAGUCGGAUAUCUCUGCCGGCAUUCUACCCAGGUUUUUUCAGCAAUUCCAGUCUACGAUAGAUGGCGCAUUUUGCGUUCAAGUGCGUGAUAUCACUUCAGAACAAGCGCUGACAUUCGAUCCGGAGAGCGAACUGCGACUGGAAGUCCGAGAAGAACUCGCAACCUCCUUACCAAUAAUUGUAUACGGAAAGCUUAUCACCUACUUGAAUAGCUGCCAUCAUGCACAAGAUAGUGAUCAUUACAAGGCGCAAUCUUCGCCAUCUCAUGUCGAUGGGAUGAUGCUGAAUCCUAUUGCACAAUCUCUUCGCAUGAUCACGCACAGAGGCCGGCAAUUUUGUACAGCGAGAUCCAGCAUCGGUGACAGCAACGUUGUGGUCCGUACCCACUACGAAGGAUCUUCCCUUGCUCAAAUUCAAGAUCUCUUCGUGCACAAGCGCAUGGUACCUGACGGUGGGACUAUUACUCAGACAUUCGCGGUCGUCAAAUUCUACUCACAACUCUCAUCAGAUGACAUGCAAUAUGACCCAUAUCGUAGAUUUAAUCAUCUGCAUUCACGUUUGAUGUAUGCGGUGCCCUCAGCAGAUAUAGCUGUUAUGUCGUUCAAGGACAUCAAAGGUCACUUCGCCUCAUGCCCCUUUGAGGAUUCAAGGCUCAAUAGGUCCUGUAUUUCUACAAUCCCGCUGGACGAUAGUUGA